AUGCCGCGUAUCCGCAACCCGAUCCUCCCCGGAUUUAACCCCGACCCUUCCAUCAUCCGCGUGAACGAUGACUACUACAUCGCAACAUCAACCUUUGAAUGGUUCCCCGGCGUCCAAAUUCACCACUCCAAAGAUUUAGCAAACUGGGAACUUAUCACGCGCCCAUUAACCCGGAAGAGCCAACUGGAUAUGCGCGGCGCCCCGGAUAGCUGUGGCGUCUGGGCACCGUGUCUUUCACACGACGGGGAAAAGUACUGGCUCGUUUAUACAUAUGUCACGCGAAAAGAUGGAUCUUUCAAAGAUGCACACAAUUACAUCGUUACGGCGCCGGAAAUCACAGGACCCUGGUCGGACCCGAUCCACGUGAAUUCUUCCGGUUUCGACCCAUCCCUAUUCCACGAUGGCGACGGAAAAAAAUGGUUCGUCAAUAUGCUCUGGGAUCAUCGGCAGCGACCGCGUGCAUUUGCUGGGAUCGCGCUACAGGAGUUCGACCCCGCCUUGGGGAAACUCGUCGGACCGCGUAAGAACAUUUUCAAGGGCAGCGAACUCGAUCUUGUCGAGGGUCCGCAUCUAUAUAAGCGGAAUGGGUGGUAUUACCUUCUUACGGCGGAAGGUGGAACCGGGUAUGACCAUGCCUGUACGCUUGUGCGGUCGAAAGACAUUUGGGGGCCGUAUGAGAUGCAUCCACAGACGCAUGUGCUUUCUUCGAAGGAUACGGCUUUUGCGGCGCUGCAGAGGGCCGGGCAUGGGGAUCUGGUUGAGACGAAGGACGGGAGGACUUAUCUUGUGCAUUUGAUGGGGAGACCUGUGGGACAGCAUCGGAGAUGUGUUCUUGGGCGGGAGACGUCGAUUCAGGAGGCUGUCUGGCAGGAGGAUGAUUGGUUGUAUGUUAAGGGCGGGCCUGUUCCGUCUUUAUAUGUUAGUGUUCCUGGCGAUGGUGAUGGGAAAGAAGUGGACGCAAAGUACUGGCAGGAGCAGGAAUAUACGUUUAUCGACGGCGUUCUUCAUAAGGAUUUCCAGUGGCUGCGGACUCCUGAAACGGAUCGGAUCUUUUCUUUGGAGGAUGGGGUUUUGUCGCUUGUUGGCCGCGAAUCGAUUGGAUCUUGGUUUGAUCAGGCACUAGUUGCACGGCGCCAGACGCAUUUCUCAUACGAUGCCGAGACGGUGCUUGUUGAUUACGCUCCUACUGAUGAGCGACAGUUCGCUGGCCUGGUCGCGUACUACUGCCGGUACAACUUCUUCUACCUUGCAGUAACAGCGGAUGCGGACGGGCAGCGAGAGAUAAAUGUCCUUUGUUCCGAGGCAUCCUAUCCAGAAGGUAAACUCGACCUCGGAGGCGUCGAACCAGUCCGUAUCCCCAAUGACGGUAAGGUCAGGUUAUCACUGAGUAUCCGCGGCGGUCUGGCUUUACAAUUUUACUAUGCCAUGGACAACGGCGAGCUGAAUAAGAUUGGGCCGGUCUUUGAUGCUUCUAUCUUGUCGGACGAGUGUGGCGGACAUCAGGCGCAUGGCAGCUUUACGGGUGCUUUCGUUGGUAUGGCAUGCUCUGAUGUUAAUGGGACCUCUUUGCCGGCACGUUUUGAGCGAUUUACGUAUCGUCCGGUAGAGGACGCUGCGGACAGAUAUGAUGUAUGA